AUGAGGCUCCCGCUUCAUCUUCGCAUAAAUUGUAGAUUUCCAUCUUAUAGAUCGUUUUCUUUUCCUGCUGCCGAUACCAGACCCCGGCUCCCAUUGGCCUACAAGUUCAUCUGCACAAUGUCCACCUCAACAGGAUCGACGCCUAACGGCUCAGCAAACAAGAAGCCUGCCGGCAACGGCAAGAAGGAGAUCAGGAUUCUGAUGCUUCACGGUUACACUCAAUCUGGCCCCCUCUUCCGCUCCAAGACCCGCGCCCUCGAAAAGCUCAUCGCAAAGCUCCUGGGCCCAUUCAAUCUGGUGCCUACUCUUUUCUACCCGACGGGCCCCUGCAAGCUCUCCCCGCGCGAUAUCCCAGGUUUCGUCCCCGAAGAGUCUGCCAACGGCGAACCCGAAGAGGACCUCGAUGCCUGGGGAUGGUGGCGCAAGGAUGAGGCUUCCGGGUCGUACCGCUUCGUCGACCAAGGCGUAUCUACCGCUGCCGCCGCGAUUCGGGAGGCUGGGGGCAACAUUGACGGAGUGUUGGGUUUCAGCCAGGGUGGUGCUUUUGCGUCCGUACUAACUGCCAUGUUGGAAAAGCCUCAUCGCGAGAUUCCCGAAGAGCUCCGUUCCAGCGCGCAAGAGUUGCGGGAUGCGAACGGCGGCGAGCCUUUCAAGUUUUCCGUCAUCUACUCCGGUUUCUUCGCCACGCCCGAUGACCUGAAGUGGGCCUAUGAGCCUAAGAUCAAGACGCCUACACUGCAUUUUAUCGGCAGUCUCGACACCGUCGUAGACGAGUCACGUAGUCAAGGAUUGGCGGACCGCUGUGAGGAGCCAAUGGUUGUGGUCCACCCCGGCGGUCACUACGUGCCCAUCUCCAAGGAGUGGGCUAUGCCGUUGAUUGGUUUCAUCAAGAAAAUUGCCGACGAAGAAUUGGCAAAGAGUAAGGUCUAG